CGAAUGCGUAAAUGCGAAAGAUCCUGACAUGGGUCACAUAGCGUAGGCCGUUGUCAUAUAGCACAAGAUUGCAUUGAAGGAUCGUCAGAAUGAACAGUGGAUGUUUUGGACGCCUUGGCGGCAUGGAUCAACAACAGCAAUGGCACAGCUAUACGCCAUACUUUUACCCAAAUCCUGGUCAUCCACUAGCGGCGAUGUAUUCUCGGCCUCCAAUGGUACCAAUGUUUUUGCCUUAUGUUCAGCAGUCCGACUCUGUACCGCUGCCAAAGACGUCGAAGUCGUUUGGUAUCGAAGAUAUAUUGAGAAGACCUCAUCCUUCUACGUGUUUAGGGGGAAGCCGUCCUUAUGUCUCGGGAUUAGCCAACUCUGAAAUGAUGGGACGAUGGGACUACAGAAUUGCUCAGACACCGUACCAAUGGGAGAGAGGCAUGUGGCAUUCUGCUUUAUCUGAGAGGUUUAACAGUUCCAGUCCUACGGACCAUGAUUCUUAUACGGCCGACAAGGACUUACUGCGACGGCGCAACACGAGGCCCACGUUCAGCGGUCGUCAGGUUUACCUUUUGGAGAAAACAUUUCAACAAACAAAGUACCUUGCCGGACCCGAGAGAGCACAACUCGCGUACACGCUGCGCAUGUCUGAAAGUCAAGUGAAAGUCUGGUUCCAAAACCGCAGAACGAAAUGGCGAAAAUUGAAUUGCGCUGCUCCAAAAAUCUCAGAAGAAGAACCACAGGAAGAGUCAAGCUCUCAGACGGAAAAACAAAAAGAUGACAGCGAGGUUGACAGGGAUUAAAGAACGAGAUUCAAAGAACGAGAUUCAAAGAACGAGAACUACAGCCAAUGUAAUAGAGAAUGUAAAUCUAUAGGAAAGGUUUUCACCUGACAAACAGGAUAUCGAAUCCCGGUGGGAAAUGUACAUAAAUGACUUUAACUUUUCAAUAACUUGUCAAAGACUGAGUUAUAUAGUCCUUCCCUAGACGUAGUACAAUGUCAAAUCUCUGCAGGCAAGAUGCUAUGAACUGACAGGAAAUGUAUAGAGGCUGGACACAUCAGGUUUUAAUCUACAGGAACAGCUGU